UGACAUUUAAGAAAGAACAACAAAAUCGGCAACCAAAACGGGAUAUUUUUAAAUCAAUUAAAUAUUUUAAGUACCCAACGUAGUAAUUACUGAUCGUGAACAACAAUCAAUAUACACAUUUAUCUUAAAUUCUAUAAAAUGUGGCCAAUAUUAAUGCAGUUCCUUCGGUCGAACGCGCCAUACAUUACCUUACCAAUAGCAGCCGUAGUCGGCGUCAUAGGAUAUAAUCUAGAAAGCCUACUAUCAGAUAGAUAUACUCCUUUUAAUAAGGCUGUUCAAGACCAGAGAGUGGACAGACAAGUGGAAGAUGAAGUUUUAAAUGAUCCCACUAAAGUAGAGAAGCUGAAAUACAAAGAAAAUGUGUUUGGGAAGAAUGUUGCACCAUCUUUGCAGAACAAAUAGUCAAAAAAAUAUUUAGAUAGUAUUUAUUUUUAAUUCAUAAUAGCAUUUAAAAUAAACACUUUAUAGUCUUGUCUGGUCUGGGUAUGCUAGUUUUAAAGUUAUGAAGUUACUUUUAAAUCAAUGUUUUAUUUUCAAAAUCAUAUUUCAAAAGUGCCUUGUAUCUUUUGAAACUACUUAAAAUACUGAUUAAAGUGCAACUUUAAUAUUAUCUUUGGCAAAGGCAAAGAUGUGCAAUUUUUAAAUAACAUUUAUCAUUGUUUUUAGUUGAUCAAACUAGUUUUAGUGAAAGUGAUAUUUGUAAAUAUUUAAAUGAAGCAUUAAACGCUAUUAUUGUUGUUAUAAUUGAUUAUCAUUUUUUAAAACACUAU